CUCCCAUUCCCUCAUGCUCACCUACGUCGCUCUCAGCAGUUAGUCCAUCCGAGCCACUCUCUUUCCCACUUACCAACAGAAAAUACGUUCGAAGAGGACUUGCUUUCGGCGGAGAAAGAACAGCGGCGGGCAACCCCAAACUCUCACAUACCUGAUCCUAGAUGUAGCCUAGAUAACUUUUCAGGGUCUAUAACACGUUUUACAUGUUCGUUUUACAUAACGAUUACGCCCGUAUUUUUAUUUAUUUAUGUCCAUGACAUUUGAUUAAUCCAUCCACUUUCGGGAAACUUCUGGAAUUCUGAAACAUUUAGUGAACAAGGAGUUAUUUUGGUUAUCAAUCCCUUUGUAACAAUUCAGUCCACUUGUACAGGAGGAUGUAUUUGAGUGUAAUUUCAAAGGUGUAGGUGUAGUGGUGCGUUACCUGGAAUCAUUUAAACAGAAUUUUACAUCGGAAAUCAAAAUGGAUCUUUGGGGAGUUUACCUAUUUCAUCUCGUCUUCUUCGCCCUGCAGGUAGUUCUGUCAGCAGGCAGAGACUGUCUGGUGGCUGGGGACUCGUGCUCCAGCGACGAGACCUGCAGCCCACGUCUGCGGACCCUGCGUCAGUGCGUAGCGGGCAAUGGUAGCAUGAAGCUGGGCCCCGGGGCCCGGAGCCAGUGCGCCAACGCCGUGUCGGCCCUGCUCUCCAGCCCCCUGCACGGUUGCCAGUGCAAGCGAGGCAUGAAGAAGGAGAAGAACUGCCUCAGCAUCUACUGGAGUCUCCAUCAGUCUGUCAUACACGGACUCAACCUGGUAGAGAGUUACCCUUAUGAAGCCAUGGAGAGAGACUACGACUACGUUCGUCUGGCCUCCAUCACGGCUGACUCCGAGGCUGGCAUGGUGACGGUGAACCGCUGCCUGGAUGCAGCCAAGGCGUGUAAUGUCGACGACCUGUGCCAGAAGCUCCGCACAGAGUACGUAUCUGCCUGCAUCAAGCCUUCUGCCAAGUCUGGCCUCUGCAACAAGGCCAAGUGCAACAAGGCCUUACGCCGGUUCUUUGAUCGCAUCCCUCCAGACUACACGCAUGAGCUACUCUUCUGCCCCUGCACGGAUACGGCGUGCGCAGAGCGACGCAGGCAGACCAUAGUUCCCGGCUGCUCCUUCGAGGGCUCGGAAAAACCCAGCUGCCUGACACAGAUGCGUAUUUGCAAGGCUGACUAUGUGUGCAGGUCCCGCCUGGCUCAGUUCCAGUACGACUGCCAACCAGCCGAGUCGUCUGCCAACGGUUGCAAGCAGGGGAACUAUGGAGCCUGUCUACUCGCCUACACAGGCCUGAUAGGCAGCUCGAUAACUCCCAACUAUGUGGAUAACUCCACGUCUAGCGUGGCCCCAUGGUGCUCCUGCUCUGCCAGUGGGAACCAGAGAGAAGAGUGCUCCGACUUCCUGGAAUACUUCACCGACAACGUCUGUCUCAGGAAUGCCCUCCUGGCAUUUGGGAGCGGGACAGAUAUGGCGCCCACUCCCAGUCUAUCGGGACUGCUCAGCCCUGCCGCAGGCAGAGAGAACCAUGCCACCACCCCUCUGCCUGCUACCGUGGAGACCACACGGAACGUUCCGGACCCAAUUAUACCAACACAGGCCAGCGGAAAUGACCGACUGUGGGGAGAUUCUACCCUCCCAUUGGAUGGGCUCCCAAACUCUGCCCCCGCACUUGGCCUUCUGCCUCCAACGGUCUUUACCGGCCUUGUGCUCCUACCUCUGCUCUUAUAUGGACAGUAAAGGAGGAAGCACUGCCAAGGACCACCCAUAGAGCAGAUGGGAUGAUUUGUUGGCUCUAGAGAAAUUUGACUCUUUGGCCAAUAGGCUUCUCCUCCUCCGAAACAUGUACAGCAUAGUCGUUUUUAUAUUUUUGUGUCUAGUGGUUCAACUGCAUCUGCGAGCCCUUUAAGUGUACAGAGAGGGACUGAGACAGAUUGAAACCAAUCUGUACACUUGUACAUUGUUAUCGCUUCAAGUCAAGAUAAAAGUACUUUUUAUGUGGACUAACCUACCAUCCAGCUAUCCAAGCACAUCCAUUGUUUUCAAGAGUGAAUUUAAAAAGCACCAUUGGAAACUACACGGUUAUCCUUUAAGAUCUAUAUAUAAAUGGAAAGCUCUUACCUAAAAUGUUGUCAAUGAACUGCGAACUUUGUCUUUAUUUGGUACUCAACUGCACAAACUGAUUGGAAAAGACCCUUGAGGAUAUAAGUGCUUUAAUACAGUUCGCUUUGACUUGAGUGAAGGAGGAACAUUAUUUCUAAUCAAUACUGGAAUGGUAGAGAUGGACAAUGGAGCUAUGGCUUAUUCAGCCAUUCUGGACAAAUACACUGACUCAGAUCAUUCCGAGUGCUGUCGGCUGCAAGAGAUGUGGACACCUCAGAAUACCUGGACCUAAUGAUUAUCAUGCCCGCAGUGAAGAUUGGGCUCUUUGUCUACUGCCAGUUCAUUUGUUCUCGCUAAUGAUUAGCUAAGUGUUCAUUAUAAAACACUUUCUUCUCCUUUGUUGAAAUGAAGUUACUGUAUGAGCAAACAGAUUCUCUUUACGUGUACAGUACCAUUGUUCUGCGUUUGUGUGGAAGCACUGCCCUCUGUUCCUCAUUGUGUAGAUGGACAUUGUUUAAAGGGUGUCGGAAUCGGUGUGCCAUAUAGGAAGAAGGACUUGUGUCUCAACAUUUCGGGCUAAAUUUGACCCUUUUCACACUACUGAGCCUAGCCAAGAGAAGCCGAGCUGUACUGUGCUGGCCUUGUUACACAGCCACCAUAGUUGCUGAAACCAUGCUGGAAUGCACAAUGUGAAAAUAAAAGGCAUUUUAUUUUAGAGCCAAUAGCAGAGUACAGUUUGGGUCAGCACAAUAGUGUGAAAUGCGGUAUAUGUUACCUGUUCAUAAUAAAAUAUGGUCAUGAAUGAUGUUAUGGGGAGGACGGAAAUUUUCCAAUGUCAUAGGAAUCAUUUGAAUUGCUGCCAAUAAAAGCUAUCAGAAAAUCCAA